GCUCAGCUUACGAGCGAAGGGAGAAGAGGCUUGGGCGAAUGGAUAUAGUCCCUCGAUAAGCCCUCUGUCGUAUCUUGACUUAGCCGAGCCGACGGUUGGCACCUAUCACAUCGUGAAAAUAGCCGGGGCAUAUAAGCAUGGAUUCAACUCGCAGUUGGGUGGUUGCUGCGGCAUGCAGCUGGAUAAACGUGUUCACUUUUGCCCUGGUGCGCUCCUCCGCCGUAGUCUACGUAGCGCUUCUACGCGCCUUUCCGGGGACCAGAGAGAGGGCAUCAUGGCCGGCCAACCUUGCCGUCGUCUGCUACUUCCUUACAGGUCCCAUUGCUGGAGUGCUGGCAAGGUACGUACCGAUAUGGAAGCUGUCCAUGGUCGGUUGCUUAGGGUCUUCGCUCGCCAUAUCCGCCUGCUUCUUCGCGCCCUCUAUGGCAUUCCUAGACGUCUUCUUGGGCUUCAUUCACGGCACCAGCAUCGGCUUACUGAGUCUCUUCAGCAUCGUGGUAAACCAGCACUUUCUCAGGUACCGCGCAGUGGCCUCCGGGAUCGCCAACGCCGGCUUCACAGUUGGAGGAUUACUCUUCCCUCCUGCCAUGAAGGCGCUGGAGGAAAAAUACGGAAUCCACGGCACGUUCUUAAUAUUUGGAGCAAUAAUCCUCAAUUCGAUGGCCGGUGCUUUGCUGCAACGCACUCCGCCACCAGCUCAACAGGACGAAGAUAAAAAAGGCGCCUCAAACCAUGAUGCAGAUGGAAGAAGCGUGAUCCCCAAACGGCAAGAUGAAUCCCUUAGAUCCGAUAAAAGAUCUGAUUUCUCUCAAAUACUCGAUGACACAAGUACUUGCGGAUGCAACGGGACUCGUGAUCAGUGUUGCCAGAUGACACGUCUUUUCCCAAGCGAAGUACGCGACAUCAGUUGCGAUAUGAAGGAACAAGCAAUGGACGCUAGUAGCGCGGAUGAUUUCAGCUGCGGGAAAAAGGACGAUAACAUUUCGGAAGAGAAAUGCUCUUUAUCUGAUCCAGUCGGGAAAAAUGAAGUUCAGUUUAGGCCAUUGAGCAAUAGACUUACGAGACCCAAUAGAGAACACUUCCUUUCUUUUCUGUUGCUACCAGAGUACUAUCUCACAACGUUUUCUUUCACUAUCAUUCACUUUAACAUGACGACGUACAACACUGUCGUAGUCGACUUCGGAGUGGACAGAGGAAUAUCUGCGUGGAGCGGGGUAUACCUGAUAUCUGUCUACGCAGUGAGUGACCUGAUAGCGCGGCUCGGCUCUGGUUGGAUCACGGACAAAAAGUACCUGCGAAAGAGCACCAUGAUGGGCUCUCACCUAGCACUCUGGGGAGCAUCGCUUUGCCUGGUGCCGUUGUGCAGCUCGUACCCUAGCCUCGUUGCUAUGUCAGUCUUGUUCGGCUGGUGCAACGGCUCAACAAUAAUACUCGUUGUGGUGAUAUUCAUGGAGCUGGUAGGCCUCGACAAGGUCGGCGUCUGUUUCGGAUGUGCCAAUGCAGUGGCCGGACUUGCGGGACUCGCCAGGCCUUUAUUAAUCGGAUUCUUCAGAGACACUCGCGGAGACUACGCUGGCUUAUUCAGCGUCAUCGGUGGAACGACGAUGUUUGUAUCUUUGCUGUGGCUGUUCUAUCGCGUGAGAGAAGGGUGCAUAUUGUUGAGAAAAGGCACCAACUCGUCGAAGACCUGCUCGAAACUAAAAGACUGCGCCUCUACAUCGUGAGAAGAGGCACCGGUAGAAAAAUAUUAAAUAUUUAAAAAUACUAAGUAUUGUUUGCCUCGGUGAAAUCAAUGUCGACAAAGGCACGGCAUUGAACGGUGAACGAAGUUAAACUUCUGGGCUGUGUCUGAGUGUCAGUCUUUAGAACAAUCAAGCCCAAAGCCACCGAAUGAACUUCACGAUUACGUUUUUUUCUCACCUGUUUGGGCAACCUUAACACUCAAAUCAGAGUUACUCCAGCCAUUGAACUUCCCGAUAAACGGUAGUUGAAGAUUCAACCGGUAUCACUAAAUCAGGACGGUGACCAUGCAAAACAAAACAAAACGUAUGUAGUGCAAUACCCUUUGUAAUAAAGCACAGUCUGCUCA